AAACAUCUCAAUAGAAGCGUAGAAAAAAAUCUGCAAGAUUAUCAGAUCAUCUAAUCUCUGAAGCGCCACCCGGAGAUGAGUUCGCGGGGUUGCUCGGCUGCCGAUCUCGUUUUCCCGGCUGGAGCUUUUCCCCACAGGCGUUGCCUCGGCUUGAAGUUGAGUGACCGAGACUCACCUUGUCCAUUCCAUCAUUUAAGUCCGCCAGCAUCCCCAAUCUUUUUUCCACCUGCAUUUGCAUCUGUAUCCGCUUCCUCUUAAUACCAAUUUGGCCUCUCUGAUUAAAAGCAUUCACAAUGUCUGGACCUGGCGUCGGCUUCGAGUAUCCUCCUCAGUCCGUUUCUUGGCUGAAGCGCGAUGUGCUGCUCUUCGCAAACUCUAUCGGCGCUACUGCUGACGAGCUUCACUUCCUCUACGAACUCCACCCCAACUUUGCCGUCUUCCCUACUUACCCUGUCAUCCUGCCUUUCAAGGGCGACACACAGGAAGUGAUUGACUUCUACGCCUCCCAGAAGAAGAUCAAGGUCCCCGGCGUUCCCGACUUCGACUCCCGCCGCGUCGUCGACGGCCAGCGAAAGAUUGAGUUCCUCAAGCCCCUGCCCGUCUCCUCCGAGGGCCACAAGUUCGAGAUCCGCCAAAAGGUCCUCGGCGUCUAUGACAAGGGCCGCCCCGGCUCCGUCGUCGACACCCAGCUCGAGCUCGUCGAUGCCAACACCAACGAAGUCUACACCCGUCUCUUCGGCAGCGCCUUCUACGUGGCCCAGGGCAACUGGGGCGGUCCCAAGGGCCCUGCCACCGAGAACUUUCCCCCUCCCAAGGACAAGAAGCCCGACUGGGUGCUGGAGAACCAGAUCUCCAGGGAGGCUGCCCACCUGUACCGUCUGAAUGGCGACUACAACCCCCUGCACGCCACCCCCGAGCCUGGCGUCAAGAUGGGCUUCCCUGGCGCCAUCAUGCACGGUCUGUAUUCGUGGAACUCUACCGCUCAUGCCAUCCUCAAGGCUGUAGGCGGCAGCGAUCCUGCCAAUCUCAAGGAGUACCAGGCCCGUUUCGCCAGCCCCGUGCUGCCCGGUGACAAGCUCAUCACCCAGGUUUGGAGGACAGGAGAGAAGAAGGGAGAGUUUGAAGAGAUUCGGUUUGUUGUUGCUGUCGAGGGCGGAAAGGUGUGCUUGAGCAACGGCCGUGCCUUGGUCAAGAUUCUGGGAGACAUCAAGGGAAAGCUGUAAAUUGUAUAAUAAUGUGCCGUUUUGAUGACUGAUUUUGGAGAGACCCCGCGAUGGGUCCUUUAGCGAAACAAUGAAUUUAACACGCUUCUGCGUAUCCUUGAAGGGAAAAUGGCUGUAUGAUGAAUUCAAUUGUCAGAUUAGUGAACCAAUUAAUGUAUAAAAAAAAAAGAGAAAUCGU